GGGCUGCUCAUGGACAAGGUCGGGCUAUAGCAUUGGAACUGGCCGGACUCGGAUGCCAUGUAGCCGUAGUAGAUAUUGACAUAAAUGGCGCCAAGGAAACCGUAGAAAAAAAUUCACCAGAUUUCCAGAGUAAAAGCAAAAGCUUAUAAGGUGAAUGUAACCAGUUUUACUGAAAUAACUGAUCUUAAUGCUAAAGUUACACGAGAUCUUGGUAUGGUUACAAUUCUUAUUAAUAAUGCGGGUAUUCUGCUGCUACCUAAUCGCUUAGAUCCUGCACCGGAGGAUGUGCAACGAAUGAUAGAUGUCAAUUUGACAUCGCACUUUUGGACGAAGACUGUGUUUCUGCCUACAAUGAAGAGGUUGCGAAAGGGAAACAUUGUUACCAUCAGUUCAGCGGCGAGUCUAUUACCCUUUGCCUAUCAUACCACUUACACUGCAACCAAAUUUGGUGCUACCGGGCAUAUGAAAGCAUUGCAAUUGGAAUUAGCUGUAGAGAAGCAACAUGACAUCCAUGUCACCACGGUAAUGCCAAUGAUUCUGGACACCAACGAUGAGAUGUCUGACCUUGCCAACAUUACCAAGAUGUAUCGACUGUAUCCCCUGAUUAAAGGACAAACGGCAGCUCGUCGGAUAGUUAAUGGAAUGCUUGCUGGAGAGAGGGAAAUAAAGAUUCCAUUUAUAUUGGAUAUUUUGCAUCGCAUUUUGAACUUACUUCCUCUCAGCUGGCAGGAGAGACUGAUUCUCAUAUCUGCCUCUAAUAUGUUUCUGUCGUAUAAAGAAAUCGGCUUGAAUGCUAAUGUCCCCAAACCGUGA